UAAUGGCCACCGCUUUGACUGACAUUUCGUCAUUUGAGGACGUCACAGUAUGUUCUAUUUGCUUUGAGAAAUAUAAAACACCGCGAUAUCUACCGUGUUCUCAUUCCUUUUGUCAGGACUGUUUAUCGUCACACAGUAAGUGUAAAUCUACGGACACAAGAUUGGGUUUUAAUUGUCCAUUGUGUCGAGAAUUCAUUCCUGUUGUCGGGCCCUUUGAUAAACCAGCGGAAUGGGCAGAAUGUUUCCCUGUGAAUGAAAUACUGGAGAAAAGUCUUAAGGAGGCUCGGGGAGCAAAGCAUAGACAAUGUGAUUCUGUUGAAGCGGUUGAAAAGGCUGUAGAAACGUAUAAAUCAAGUGGCAAAAUUGAUAACAUGGUAGAAGAUAUAAGAAGUUUUAGAAAGAAAUUAAAAGACGCAAAAGACGAACAAGAGAGGAAUAUUACGGAACUAAAAGACAACUUAGACAAAAUCACAGAAGAAACUGAAAAAGAAAUAAACAAUGUUAUUCGUCUCAUUGAAAGAUUGAGAAGUGAAUAUUUGAAUGAGUUUUCUGCUGUUGUCAAGAACGGCAAAGAAAUGCUAACCAGAAAUGUAGUCACUUUCAAUGAUGGGAUCCAUCCCGAACUAAAAUGUCCAUAUGGAUUGGAGAGCGAUUCACUGGGAAAUAUAUAUGUUGUUGGUAUGCAUAGUAAUAAUAUCCAUGUGUUAUCAAAUUCUGGUAAACUCAUUAGGAUUUUCCAAAAUCUCAAAAGUCCAGUAUUUUCGAAAAUUGCCAAGGAAAGAAAUGAAUGUUGCAUAUGUAGCGAUUACAAAACCCUUACUUUUUACGAAAUAAAAUGUUAA